AUGCACCCGCUGUGCCCAGAGACCGAGGGGGCAGCAGCGCUGGAACAGGCGGGGAUCGAGCGGGGACACGGGCACAUCGAGGGCGGAACGAGGAGACAACGAGGCGGAAUUCCUUCUUUCUCGGCAGCUGACCCAGAGCAGAGCUCAUUUCAGCCUUGCCCACCAGAGGUGGUGUUUCAGAACUUCAGCCCUGGUGAGGUCUGUGAAGUGCCGGUGGUUCUGAGGAACAGGGACACGGUUCCUCACCUGCUGAAGGUCACCUUGGAGAACUCACUUUACUUCCAGCUGGUGGGCCCCAAUCACGUGUACCGCAAGGUGCCACCAGGCCUCUACGCGACUGUCCGCAUCCUCUUCACCCCUGGGCAGAAAAAGGAUUAUUUCCACCAGCUCCUCUGCUCCACCGAAAGGGAAGAGUUCAUUGUGCCAGUUUGGGCCAUUGGUGCCCGAGCCAUCCUGGACUUCCCUGACCAGCUGGACUUCUCGGUGUGUCCGGUCAACUACAGCACCCAGAAGACUCUGCUGGUUCGCAAUGUCGGUGACCAGGAAGCUCAUUACCAGCUGAGCACCCAGGGUCCUUUCUCCGUGGUGCCAGCCACAGGAACUGUGGGCGCUGGUGACGCUGUGGAGGUGACAGUGGGAUUUCACGCGCUGACCACCGGUGACCAUUACGGGUCCCUGUGCUGCAGCACAGGUGAAGAAAGUGUCCACACAAAGCUCCAUGGAAAAGCUGUAGAUCUCAACGUUGGGUUGAGCACAAAUUCCGUGGACGUUGGCAAGACUUUCAUCACCAUGUCAAACCAGAAAACCAUGUUCAUCGAAAACAGGAGUAACAUCACAGUCCACUUCCAGUGGAAGGCUUUUCCUACUGAGGAAGAAGAGAAUGAGGAAAAGAGGAGGCAGUGUGAUUUGCUGAAGCCAUCGAGUGAGGUGUGGGUCGAAACCUUCAUGCAGGAGAAAGAAAUACGGAAGAAGAAGGGCUUUUGUGAAGAUCACGUUGCCCUCCUGAGCAGCAUGGUCGAGGAGAAGAUUGCAAAGGUGCAAGGAGAUCCCCUGCUGUUCUCCAGUGACAUUUUUUUCAUCGAGCCAAUGGAGGGAGAAAUCGAGCCAAAUUGUUCCGCCGAAAUCAAGGUGGCCUUCAAGCCCCUGGAAGCACAGGAGUGCGAAAGCCAUGAGAACAGGCUGCCCCUGCGCCUCAGAGGGGAAGGACAAGGACCCUUGGUUGAACUCAGCCCUCCUACACUGAACCUUCAGGAGAUUUUUAUCAACACCUCCUAUGUCUAUGAGCUUGAGCCCGAGAAGGGCAUCAUUGCAGCAGGUGGGACCCAGACUGUUCAGAUCUCCUUCCAUACCACCGUGUUGGAGUGGUUUGAGGAAGAAUUCCAGUUCAGUGUGGCUGGAUCUCCUAUACCUGUGAUCCUGACCAUCACGGGCUGUGUCACUGGACCGAAUUUGCACUUUGACCUCCCUCAGCUCAACUUCGGGGACGUCUCCUUUGGCUUUCCCACCACCAAGACUGUUCGCCUCACUAACAGCUCCGUGGUGCCCGUGACGUUCAAGCUCCGCAUGUCGGACGAUGGCACGCAGCCAUCUGUCAGCAGCUUUGAUCUAAUACACAGACAUAGUGACCCAGCCUGGAGGAGGGGAGUUCAUUUUUAUGUGGAGCCAAGGGAGUUUACAUUGAAUCCCAGCCAAGGGACCAUCCCCUCCCAGGGAUACCAGGAUAUUGAGGUGACCCUGUGUUCCAACAGCAGGAUGAGGUUCAAAAGGAGAAUGCUGGUGGACCUGGAGGGUAUUGGUGAGGGAGUGGCAGCACUGGUCAUCGAAGCCAGAUGUCUCGUUCCUGAGCUGCGUGUGUGCCCCCAAGUCCUGCAGUACAGUGAGUGCCUCCUGAAGAUGCCAUACGAGAGGAAGCUCUUUGUUGUAAAUUCCAGCGACCUUCCUGGCUGCUACGGGCUUAUUCCCCAGGUUUGGCAUCACAUCCACCUCCUCCUCUCUGUGAAGAUGAAACCCCAAACCCUGAGCUUCACCAUCAGCGGGAAGGCGCACGAGGCACAGCUGGCAGUCGUGUGCCCCAGCGCGCGCAGCAAGAGGGGAACAGCCGUGCUGCGCUUCAGGAGGCUCCGGGUGGGGAGAUCCGAGGUGCUGCCCCUGGUCGUCCGUAACGAUGGCAUCAUACCUCUCAAGUUCAUGUUACGCCUGGAGCACGAGUACGGAGCGUUUUACCUGAAAGGCAGGGCCUCCACACUCGAGCUGUUCCACACUGAAGAUGAGGACUCCGUCGGAAAUGAGAGCAAGCCCACAAAGCCUUUCUUCCUUCUGCAUCGUGGGCAGUCGGCAGAGUUUGAUGUCAUUUUCAAACCCACCCUGGCUCAGCGUCUGGAAGGGAAGAUUCGUCUGUUGGUGGAGGACAUCUGCUCUAACAAGGUCCUAGUAGAACUGGUGGGUGAAGGCCACAAGGACAGAUUUGCCUUUAAUGGACUAAAGGAAGACGCAGAGGAGAGGGAUGCUAAGAGCAGUCUGGAGAAAGACAUCAUUGGUGCUAUCAGAGCCAAUCACCUGGAUUUUGAGCACUGUCCUGUCGGGAAGCGCUGCCGCAGGACCUUCUCCAUCACCAACCGCACCCGUCACCAGUUCAUGCGCUUUGAGUGGGAGGCAGACGGCCCAUUCCAGAUCUCCCCCAAGGUGGGACACGUCCGUCCUCGCCGUUCCAAGGAGAUCACAGUGACCUUGAAAUCAAAUGUCCCAGCCACCUUCAGGAGGCACCUUGUGAAAUGUACGGUGACCAAGAUCGACUUUGAUCUGCCACAAAGGAAGGUUCCGGACUGGGACGACCGAAAGUGCAUUGUCUCAUGGAAGACUACCUCCAGGAAAGACCCAGGAGACAAAUUCUAUAGAAUGGAGAAGGUGGUCGAGCCAGUCCCAGAACCGGAUCACACUGUGGUGGAGGACAGCAGCCAGGAGGUCGAGGUGUACCUCAGUGCUGCUGUUGCCUACACCCAGCUGAAGACGAACACAAUUGUGGUUCAGUUCAAGGACACCUUGCCCUUCCAGACAAGGACAGCCACUUUCAAAAUGCACAACACAGGGAAGGAAGCCCUGGAAUACUUCUGGGAGGAACCUGCAGAUAAACCAGUGAAGAAGCCAUACUCAGUCACUCUGAUGCGUCGGUUCCUCUCCAAUAAAACUGUAAAGCAUCGCAGAAAGCUGCUGCGUCGUUACUGGCGGAGGCUGGCCCGCCCUCCUAAAGUGCGGCGGCGCCGGCGGCGGCUGCGGCGGCUUCUCAGGAAGGAGGACUUUACCCAGUGGUGGUGCCAGCUGGUGGGGGUGGAUCCCGACUUAUUGCUGGGUCCCCUGGAGCAGCAGGGUUCCAAGGAGCAGCAGGGUUCCAAGGAGCAGCAGCAGCAGGAUUCCAAGGAGCAGCAGCAGCAGGAUUCCAAGGAGCAGCAGCAGCAGGAUUCCAAGCAGCAGCAGCAGCAGGAUUCCAAGCAGCAGCAGGAUUCCAAGCAGCAGCAGGAUUCCAAGCAGCCGCAGCCAUCUGAGCAGCUGCAGCUUUCUGAGAAGGAGCAGCUGGAUUCCAAGCAGAAGAAGGGUUCCAAGAAGCAGAGCCGCUCCAAGGAACGGCACCUCUCUGAGCAGCAGCCCUCUGAGCAGCAGCCCUCUGAGCAGCAGCCCUCUGAGCAGCAGGAGCCCGAGCAGCAGGAGCCCUCUGAGCAGCAGGAGCCCGAGCAGCCGGUCCCUUCCAAGAAGCCGCGCCGCCCAAAGAAAAAGCUCCUGUCUCAGCAGCAUUUGAGUGCCUCCCUGGAAAUCUUCCCAGAUUUCACCGAUGAGCUGGCACUGUUCUCCAUCGACCCCUACCGUGGCGUCCUUGCUCCUGGCCAGAAGCAGAUCUUCCAUGUGAAGUUCUCCCCGAAGACUGUGGGGAAAUUUAAGACCAUCAUGCGGUGCAGGAUUCCUAACCGGAAGCCAACUCAGAGGACGGUGCGGUUGAUUUUGGAAGGCAGAGCCCGGCAGAGGAGGAGUUUUGGUAAACCCAAACACUCUGUGUUACAGCAGACAGAGGAUGGCCCCAGGCCCAAGAAGCAGGUGCACUGGAAACUCCCACCUGAGUGACAGCGUCUGUGUCAACUGGAGCAUCCAGCAGGAGCCAGCAACACCGGCUCUUCUGCUGCUGAUGGUCUCCCACCCUUCAGCAGAGACCUCUGCAGCUACCCUUCCAAGCUCCAGUGAACACUUCUAAUUUAUCUUUUAGUUA